AUGUUCACAUCAUUAGGUUUACUUGUUCCAAGUUUAAUCUUAAUAUUUUGCUUACCCGAGACGCAUAAAAACAAAAGCAAAUCAAUUGUUGUACAGGACCAACAGCCUAUUGAUGAAGUAAACAAUGAUGAUCCAAAUGAAGAUACUCGUAGUAUACCAAUGGAAUUCGAAAAGACGUUAACAAGUAGAGUUACAGAUGGGUUUCAACGUCUGAAAAAUUUAGAUCCUGUCGUGAUUAUGAUUCUGUCAAUUGUCCUACUUGGUUCAGUGUCAGCUUUGGCCGACUUACAGUAUGUUGCUGUUUAUUUAAUGGGACCUCCAUUCUUGUGGAGUCCAGAAACCGUUGGACUAUAUUCUGGCAUAACUGAUGUGACAGCAGCUUUCAUCUCAAUUGUCUGUACUAUUUUGAUCAUCAAAUUUGACGAAAGGCGAAAAGCCAAAGCUCUCACAGAACAAAAUACCACAAACCACAGUAAAGGAAAUAAUUAUACACGUCAAAUGCACUUACUUAUUACAGUUUUUGCUGUAUCAGUUAUAAUGUUAAUUGUGAAUCGUUCAGUAGUCGGAGUAGCUUAUCGAUUUCAACUGCCAACUGCGAAUAUUUUGAUAUAUAUCGGUAAAUAUUUUAUGCUUUGA